GUGCACGAGUGUCCUCCUUCCUCCCGCGUUUUUGCCGCUCUGCUUUGGCAGGGGAGGGGAUUUGCAAGCUGCCUGUUGAGAUGUUUAGUGUGUUAGUGGGGGAGCCAAGAGCACCAGGUCUCCCAGGUGUGUUUGUGGCUCAGGUGAGGUGUUACUGGAUUUCAGAGCUACCUCUUGACCUGUUCUGGGGUGUUCCUGCAGUGCUGCCUCCCCCCAUCCAUGGGGCUGGAAUCCCGUGGUGUUUGCUCUGGGCAAUGAGCAGCAUCGACUGUUCUCACCUGCACCAGCCCAAAUCAGCAUCUUGGAUCUUGUUGUUUCCCAGAAUAGAAGGUUUUCCUAUUGGGAUUGCUCACUGGGUUGAUAUUGAAGUCGUGCUCCUGCUGCCCCAACAAGGACAGGGACACCAAGGGCAGCAGCAAAUCCUGGUGUGGUUAAACCUGCCUUUUCCUACAGUGGGAAGGAGCCAACCUGGAUGUGUCACACGGGGUCAGAUUCCUGGUUUUAAUCCCUUUUAUGCUGCAGCAAAUUCCUGUAUAUUUUUGAAAACUGCUUUUCCUUCCCCCCCCCCCCCCCCCCCCGAGUUAAGAUUAAGCUUCUGGAUGUUUAAAGGUUUUCCCACUCCUCCACAGUGGGGUGUACAGGGAAAUGAGUUGUAAAUUCACAGAAGUCCUAACCCAAAUUUCAGUGACAAAUUAAAGGUUUCAAGUGGACACAUUUAAACUCUGGAGCUCUUUGUUAUUGUGAUGUAAAUGCUGAGGGGGAUGUUUGUUUUCUAUUCGUGUGUCACAGCUUGAUGGUUAAAGUAACAAACUCUUACUUUCCUUGUUAAAUUUAAAUUUCCCUUUGUUAAAUUUAAAUUAAACAAGAAGACACGGCUGCCUGCUUCCUGGUAACUUUAGUGGAGAGGGGAAUUGCUAUGAAACUGUACUUUUACUAUCCAUCUGGCAAGAUGCAUAUCAGCUCAGGCACUUUAAAGUUCCCUUUGCCCUGGGAUAGUGCAGCUCCCACAGCACUUAGAGCACGGGCUGUGUCAUCCCUGACUGCCUUGCUUUGUGUUUAGAGGGCUCAGGUGGGGUGUUCCCUCUUUGAUCCCAUUUUGGGAGGUGAAACCCCUUGGUUGUUGGAUCCUCCUCGAGGAAAACACCCCCCGCUCUCCUUGCUCCCAGCUUUUCCUCUCUCCUUGCUAAACUCGAGCGAGGGGUGUUGAUAAUUCGGAUUAUGCAGCUAAGUGGCUGGAGCGUGGCUGACUGUCUCCUCCCCUUCCUGAGCUUCGGCCCUAGCCAGCUCGGCUCUGGAAUGACAGGCAUUCCUGCGUGAAGGGAGCUGGCACGGACACCUAUUUAUGAGCCUGGAGUGCCCGGCCAUGGGGUCCGGGGAGAGCCGGAGCCGUGCCGGACCGUCCGACACCGGAGCCGUGGCCUGAGCGCCGGGAGCCGCCUGGCUCGCCGGGCUCCUUCCCAGCCCACGGCGUGGAUUUAUCGUUCUAAAGGAUUGAAGCGCUCCCAGGGUAGAGUUUUCCUCUCUCUCUCUCUCUUUCUCCCCUCCCGCCUCUUCCCCGGGAGCUGCUCAGGACAGGAUCCCAUGGGGCAGCCGCACUUCUCCAGACCGGUCAAUCCAGCUGCUCCCGCCGAGGAGGUGGAUCACACCCCGGGUGAUGGCGGCAUGGGGGUAGAUGUUUUGGAAUCGGGUGACACCACACCCCCUACGAAGAGGAAAAGCAAGUUCUCAAGCUUUGGCAAGAUCUUCAAACCCUGGAAGUGGAGGAAAAAGAAAAGCAGCGACAAAUUUAAGGAGACUUCAGAAGUUUUAGAACGAAAGAUUUCUAUGCGAAAGCCAAGAGAGGAGCUGGUAAAAAGAGGGGUUCUGUUGGAAGAGCCUGAGCAGGAUGGUGAAGAGCCAGAGAAGCUGAACCCCCCUGCACUGAAGAAUGGCCACACAGUCCCCAUCAGUGGGCCCGGGGUCUGUGACCUGCCCAGCCAGGAGGAAGAGGCCACAAAGCCCUCCAGCCUUAGGAAGCCUGUUCCAGCAGAGGAACCAAAAAAGAGGCAGGGCUCCUCCAGCAGCCACCCUGGGCCCGAACUGGAACCACCUCAGGAGCCACAUGUUCCCAGACAGCCUCUCCUCCCUCCAAAAAGACCUCCCUCCACCUCCCAGGAGGCAAACGAGGCGCAGGCAAAGGAUCCAACGCCCGCCAGCAGCUCUGCAAGAACUGCCCCCUCCACCACAGCCCCCACUGCAGCAAAGACAGUCAAUCCCACAGCUGCCCCUUCCCCAGCCCCCAGGACUCUGCUCCCCGCUCCUGCCAGUGCCAACACUACUGCUCCCACCAGUACAACCAGCACAGCUCCUGCCAAACAGCCUCCUGUCCCCCCACCCAAACCUGUCAACAGAAAUAGCAACUCACUAAUAGCUGAACUUUCCCAAGCAAUGAACAGUGGUACCGCCUUGUCCAAGCCUUCCCCUCCUCUCCCCCCGAAGAGGGGCAUCGUGCCCAACAACACGUCAGAAGUUGUCCCCUCCAAGCCCCUCAACGACAGGACGGGGACGGCGACUCGCCCGGCGCCGAUCCCGCUGCACGUGAGCUCGGCUCACCCACCGCCCUCGCCCUCACCACCCCUGCCCACACACGUGCCCCCCGAGCCCCCACGCAUGCCCCUGCCCGCCCCUACCCCCACCCUGGACCCCCCGCGCUCCCUGGACCUGCCCAGCGAGACCCCUCCUCCCCCGGAGGAGUUCAGGUCCGUGGAAGUGUUGAAGAGGACGGCGGAGCAAGGCUUCGGAGAACCCCACGUGCUGCCCCGCCUGCCCCAGAUCCCGCUGCACAUCCGCAUCCAGCAGGCUCUGAACAGCCCCCUGCCCGUCACCCCCCCUCCCGAGGGGUCCCACAGGGCUCACUCCCUGCUCUUUGAGAACGAUGGAUUCGGGGAUGACAAUGGCACCCUGGGCAGGACGAGGUCCCUGCCCGUCACCAUCGAGAUGCUCAAAGUUCCAGACGAUGAGGAAGAGGAAGAAGACGACCAGGAAGAGGAACAGAAUCUGGGACCUCGUGUAUAUAUUGGAGAUGUGCCAUCUGUCACAGUCAUCCCCAAACUGGUACCCCAGGUCCUGCCAGAGGAGCAGGAAGGAGACGAAGGGAUGAGCGACUCUGACUCGGAGGGGCCCAUCCUUUACAAAGAUGAUGAGGAUGAGGAGGAAGAUGAAAGCCAUAACAGCACGUUGGCCAACAAGGUGAAGAGGAAAGACACGCUGGCUAUAAAGCUGGGGAACGCGACCGCGCCGCAGGAGGACAAGAUCGUCUUCCCUCGGAAGAGCAAGGAGGAGUGGAAUGAGAUCCGGCACCAGAUCGGGACAACGCUCAUCAGGCGACUGAGCCAGAGACCCACAGCAGAAGAGCUGGAGCAGAGGAACAUCCUGCAGCCAAAGAAUGAAGCUGACCGCCAAGCUGAGAAGCGCGAGAUCAAGCGCCGGCUCACCAGAAAGCUUAGCCAAAGGCCUACGGUGGCAGAGCUGCAGGCCAGGAAGAUCCUGAGGUUUAAUGAAUACGUGGAAGUAACAGAUGCUCAGGACUAUGACCGGCGAGCGGAUAAGCCGUGGACAAAGCUGACACCAGCUGACAAGGCGGCCAUCAGGAAGGAGCUGAAUGAGUUUAAGAGCUCUGAAAUGGAAGUGCAUGAGGAGAGCAAGCAGUUCACGAGGUACCAUCGACCAUAAUCUUCCAAGAAGGGAGCAAGAGACCCGAGAGGCCUGGAAGUUCUCUGCGUCCCUCUCCUAGGCAAUACAGUGAGGGUGGAACCCUGGCUCUUCCAAGAUUUGCCUUCCACCCAUGUCCAGAAAAGGGCUUUCAGCCAGGGAAAGGGGAAUCCUGUCUGAAUGUAGCAUUUCACUGGAACAAACACGUCUCUCGUGCCAUCAGGCUGGAACUGACACUAUACCUCGUGUGUCUCAGCAAUAACCCCCUGCCAGGAGACCAUGCCCAGGGGAACAGACUCCUUUUUGGGAUGCAAUUCCUCCUCUUUUCCACGAGGAAAGGGGGGGAAAAAAGAAAAAAAGGCAGCUCUAGUGUUGGGAAGCUGAGGAGAGGAUGUGCUUGGAAGCACGUGUGUGUAUAUUAGCUGUGUACAGAGAAACCUGGCACACAACUGACAUGUCACUCGUUAUUUUGGGGGGUUUUGCUUGUUUCUGUCAUGUCCUUAAUGUCCUGAAUCACUACUGACCAACGGUUUGUUGUGCUGGAAGGGAACUGUAUAGGUAUUAACAUAUGCUGCAUCCUUUUUGUAAAAAAAAACACAAACAAAAACAACAAAAAC